CAGAACCAGAACCAGAGCCAGAACCAGGCCAAAGACAGCACCGGACCAGAAAACCAAACCAGGGCUUCCCAGACCAAAGCAGACCAGCAGAGAUCAGUAGAACUCAGUAAAGGCUUCAGUGGAAAAGUUUGAUGGGACUGCUGACGAUAGCCACAUGCCUCUGAGUCCGGCUGCUGACACCAAACAUGAUCGCCCGCGGCAACAGGCGGUUACUAACGGCAACCCGACAGGCUCUGCUGUUGCCAGGGACGACGACGCGGAUGACACGCCCCCUGGAAACAGCAUCGUCGUCCGCAUCGGCAUCCCGGACCUGCAGCAGACGAAGUGUUUGCGGUUGGACCCAGAGUUACCAGUUUGGACCAGUAAGCAGAGGGUUCUGGUGACGUUGACUCAGUCUCUGUCGGAUGUUUUGAACUAUGGUCUCUUCCAGCCGGCGUUCAACGGCCGAGCCGGAAAGUUUCUGGACGAGGAGCGCCUGCUGAAGGAGUAUCCUCUCCCCCCCAUCACUCCCAUCCCAUACCUGGAGUUUCGUUAUAAGAGGAGGGUUUACACUCAAAGCUACGUGGACGACAAACAGCUGGCAAAGCUGCACACAAAGGCCAAUCUGAAGCGCUUCAUGGAACAUGUCCAUCAGAAGAACGUGGAGAAGGUUUCCAAAUGGUUGGAGAAAGGCCUCGAUCCCAACUUCCACGACUCCGACAGCGGAGAGUGUCCUUUGACUCUGGCGGUGCAGCUGGAGGAGAGCUGUGAGCUCAUCAAGGUUCUUCGCAGUGGAGGCGCCCACCUGGACUUCAGGACCAGGGACGGCAUCACGGCGCUGCACCGGGCCGUGCUCUGCAGGAACAGCGCCGCCCUCACUACUCUGCUGGACCUCGGGGCGUCUCCGGACUACAAGGACAGCAGAGGCCUCACUCCACUCUACCACUCGGCCAUGGUGGGCGGCGCCCCCUACUGCUGCGAGCUGCUACUGCAGGACCACGCCUCCAUCGGGAUGACUGAUGAGAACGGGUGGCAGGAAAUCCACCAGGCGUGUCGCUAUGGCAACGUGCAGCACUUGGAGCACCUGCUGUUCUACGGCGCUGACAUGAGUUCCCAGAAUGCAUCAGGAAACACUGCACUGCACCUCUGUGCACUUUACAACCAGGACAGCUGCGCCCGAGUGCUGCUGUUCAGAGGAGCCAACAAGGACAUCAAGAACUACAACAACCAGACGGCCUUUCAGGUGGCGAUCAUUGCCGGGAACUUUGACCUCGCAGAAAUCAUCAAGAUCCACAAAACCUCUGACGUCGUAGUUCCCUUCAGAGAAACUCCGUCCUACACCAAGCGCCGUCGCGCCGGUUUGACCAGGAGUCCGGCGGGAAACGGCCUCUCGUCUCCUCGCUCCCUGAUUCGCUCGGCCAGCGACAACGCUCUGGAAAGCCCCGCCUCCUCGCCAGGCCCCUCCCUCCAGAGCCUGGAGACGCACCACGACACGCACACGCAUUCGCUCCGACGUCACACGAGACGCCUCAGCCCCAGUGGAGGUGGAGGUGGUGGAGGUGUAGGUGGAGGUGGUGGAGGUGGGGGUGGAGGGGGUCACGUGGAGAACAGCCCCCCCGCCUCGCCUCCACCCACCCCCCAGAUGAGGAAGAGGCGGCUGUACAGCGCCGUGCCGGGACGCACCUUCAUCGCCACCCGGUCCCACGUCCCCCAGGGGCCCGGAGAGAUCCAGCUGCACCGCGGGGAGAGGGUCAAAGUCUUGUCCAUAGGUGAAGGAGGAUUCUGGGAAGGAAGCGUUAAAGGCAGAACCGGCUGGUUUCCUGCCGACUGUGUGGAGGAAGUUCAGAUGAGACAAUACGACCCGAGACUUGAGACCAGAGAAGAUCGAACCAAGAGGCUGUUCAGACACUACACUGUAGGAUCCUACGACAACUACACCUCCUACAGCGACUACGUGAUCGAGGAGAAGACGGCGGUGCUGCAGAAGAGAGAGAGCGAAGGAUUCGGCUUCGUCCUCAGAGGAGCUAAAGCCGAGACGCCGAUAGAGGAGUUUGCCCCAACGCCAGCGUUUCCUGCGCUGCAAUACCUGGAGUCCGUGGACCAGGGGGGCGUGGCCUGGAGGGCGGGGCUACGGACCGGAGACUUCCUCAUAGAGGUGAACGGGGCCGACGUGGUGAAGGUUGGUCAUCGCCAGGUCGUCUCUCUGAUCCGACAGGGAGGAAGUCGCCUGCUGAUGAAAGUCGUGUCCGUGUCCAGGAAAUCUGAGUCCAACCUGAUCAGAAAGAAAGCUCCGCCUCCUCCAAAACGAGCCCCCAGCACCUCGUUGACGCUCCGGUCCAAGUCCAUGACCGCCGACCUAGAGGACAUAGCCAGGAGGAGGCGCUUCGAGAAACUGGACGAGAUGUUGGCUGGAGGUCAACAGGAAGUCGUCCUGAGGGUGCGACCGUCGGACGACUUCAGAGCGGCGACGGUCAAACAGAGACCGACGAGUCGACGCAUCACACAGGCUGAGAUUAAUUCGUUGUUUGAGCGCCAGGGUCUGGUGCCUCCGUCGGCUCCAGAGAAGAGCACCAUGCCUUUACCCAGAGGGAUGUCCAGGACCAAGAGCUUUGGCACGCCUGAAGACGACAGGAUCACGGCCCUGAUCAACGAGAGUCGGUUUCCACGGAGCUCCUCGCUGACGGACAGCUUCAUCCCUCCUCCUCCUCAGACGGCCCCGCCCCCUCCCCCCUCAGCCUCCUCCUCCACGUCUUCGCUCUUCCUCCUCGACUCCGGCCCCCCUCCCUCCUUCCUGCCCCCGCCUCCUCCGGCGCGAGGGGAGGGGCUCACCCGCUCCAGCUUCAAGCCGGGGGCGGAGCCGAGGCUGCAGGAGCUCUCCGAUUCCCCAGCGAGGAGCCACGCCCACGCCGAGCGGCAGCGGAAAGCGAGGUCAAUGAUCAUCCUGCAGGACACGCCCCCUCCACCGCUGCAGUCAGACGUGCACGCCGCCGCCAGCGCCAUCACGCUGCACACGGCCACGCACACGGCUACGCACACGCUUCACACGGCCACGCACACCUCCACGCUGUCUCUCCACAGCACUAGCCCCGCCCUCGGACACUCACCGCUGUCACGUCGCCGGGGACGACCAAUAGAAAACCCUUAUGCUAACGUGGGGCAGCAGGCUCCGCCCACCAAACCGCAGAGGAGGAAGUCACCGCUGUUGAAACAACUUCCUGUUGAGGAGCAGGGUCUUGGGAUGAAAGACCACGAUCAAUCAGGACCCAGCAGCCCGAGCCGGGCGGAGUUGUACCAGCAGCAGGUCCUUUCAGAGCGAGCUCGGGUUCAGGGCCGCCGCUCAUCCCUCUUCCUGUCUGUGGAGGGGGCGGGGUCAGACAAUCAGGCCCCGCCUCUCCUGACUCAGAGCCAUUCGAUGGACGACCUCGGCGAGCUUCCGCCUCCGGCUCCGGUCCUGUCGCCUUCGCCGACGCCUCACACCUUCCUCCACCCGCUGACGGGGAAGCCUUUAGAUCCGUCCUCGCCUCUCGCCCUGGCUCUUGCUGCACGGGAACGAGCGCUCACCGCCCGCACGCCGAGCCCCGAGCCUCGAACCAAACACGCCUCCGCCUCCACCACGCCCAUCCCCACCCCGUCCGCCAGCCCCGAGGGCAGACACAAGCGCACUCCCAUCGCCACCCCCCAGGGCAGCCCCGAGCCGCGAUCCAAGCGCACCACCCCCCAGACCAGCCCCGAGCAGCGAACCAAGCGCACCACCCCCCAGACCAGCCCCGAGUUGAGGCAUAAACGCAUAACCCCGCCCCUUUUCCCCGACGGACAGGUGGAGCGUCCAGAAACAGAGGGGGGGGUGACGUCUCCUGCAGGCCCCUCCCCUGAGCGCUGGAGACCCUCCCCAUUGCCGCCGCUGGCCAAUGAGAGCCAUUCUUCUGCGCUGAUUGACAGGCGCAGAAGCCUCACGGUGGGCAGCUCGGAAGAGGAGGGCGGGGCUUACACAGUGACACUCCCACCUGCCUUGUUGUCGUCCAGUGAUGAGGAAACUAGGGAGGAGCUACGCAGGAUUGGCCUGGUGACUCCUCCCCCUGCCUUUGCGAGCCCCCCCGCCCCUCCUCCUCCCCCAUCCUCCCUCACCUUGUUGCCACGACGAGGUGGGGAGGGAGGAGGAGGAGGGGAAGGCGGUCCCGACUCUCUCAAUAGACGAGGAGACGAGGAGGAAGGAGCUGAUGAACGGGCCAUCGAUAGCUCCUCCUCCCCCAGCUCGCUACCUCCCUCCAUCACCCUGGCGUCCCCUCCGGGUAUAGCCUCCCCCUCCUCCCCCCCCGCUGCCCACCCGUCCCCGUCGUCCACGGCCACCUCCCCAUCAGGGCUCAAGCCCCGCCUUCGUUCACCAAUCGGUCGGGGUCGCUCGGCGCUACGGGACCCCCUCCUGAAGCAGUCGUCGGACAGCGAGCUCCUCCCCUCGGCGGCGUCCUCGUCCUCCCCCUCGUCCCCGCUGUGCUCCUCCCCCACCAGCGGCGGCGGACGCCAACCGCGCUACCUGUUCCAGAGGAGGUCGAAGCUGUGGGGGGGUGGGGACGAUGAGCGGCGGGCCUUCAGUCCGGAUGAAGGGGCGGGGCGUCCGGCGGCGCUCGGGGGUCAGGGGUCGGGGUCGGCGGUGGAUCUGACCAGCAGGUCGGCUUCUGCGCUGGAGCUGAGCGGCCGAGCCGGGUCCGGCCUGGAUCUGGCCAAUCGGCUGCAGCUACUCAACAAAGACAGUCACUCUCUGGGGGAGGAGCCAAGUCCACUCGACCCCGGCCGGAGGUCACCAGUGGGAGGGGCCAGGUAUGUGGACAGUGGAGAGAGUAAAUCGUUGUUCUCAAGUCUCGGUGAACUUCACACCAUCUCCCAGAGAGGAUACGGCGCCAGCUACACGGUCCGACCAGGAAGCCGCUACCCGGUGACCCGCCGGAGCCCCUCCCCGUCCCCCUCGCCCUCCGAUAGGUCGAUAGGCCUCGCCUCCUCCCCCUCCCCCGCCCCCGAGAGACCGGACCUGAGCUCGGGUCGCGGUCUCACCAUCCUGAAGUCGUCCAGCCUGAGCCUCCCCUCAGAACCGAAGGAGGUUCGGUUUGUGAUGCGCAGCGCCAGCGCACGAACCCGCUCGCGCUCGCCGUCGCCCUCGCCCCACGCCUCCCCCUGCCCCUCCCCGGUGCUCAGCGGGCCCCUGCUCGCCCUUCGGCCGUGGAGGCAGCGCCCCCUCAACCUGUGGAAUAAAUACGACGUGGGCGACUGGCUGGAGAGCGUGGGCCUGGCCGAACACCGCCAGCGCUUCCAGGAGCACGAGAUCGAAGGCUCCCACCUCCCCGCCCUCACCAAGGAGGACUACGUGGAGCUGGGCGUCACCAGACUGGGACAUCGAAUCAACAUCGAGAGGGCGCUCAGACAACUGCUGGAUGGUUCCACUUGACCCCUCACCUCCGACUGCUCACCUCUAGACAUCCUGAACUGUGACCUCAUGACCCCUGACCCCCGGUCAGACUCUAGGUUAAACCUUUGACUAGCAACAUCUUAGCAGUGACCACUUUGCCAACGCUCGGUUCUCUGAACGAGACAUUUUGGCUCAUCAGCUCUUUGAUCAAUGCUAAACUGUUAGCAUCUUCCCCUUAAUCCACCUUUUAGCUUCUAUGUUGCUGUCAAUAAUAUAAUAAUAUCUCAUCAGAAAUGUCUGCACCAAAAAAACUAAACUCAAAAUAAACUAGAACCUGACCAACCUGUUUAAUUCUGCUUUGAAAAACCACGUUAAACAAAAACAGGGACAUUUCUUAAAUCGUAUUUUCUAAAUUGCGCUAAAUUUCAAUAACUGCAACUUAAAAUGAACGGUGCUAACGUUCUGAGCUAGCUUGUUCGUUAGUUAUACUAAACACUUACGUAACAUUAGGUCUUAAACCAUAAACAGUUUCAACCUAAACACUUGAAAAACUAUUAAAAAAAAUAUUAAAGUUGAGGAUUUGUUUUUGAGAGAUACAAUUAUUCAACACAUAAAAACACACUGUGAAUAAAUUUCAGCGGCUGCGUUUUUAGCUAGCUUCUUAGCUGGUUCUACCAAACGCUAAAUCCUGUUUUAAAUGUUUUUGUUUAAAAAAAGCUACGCAAUUAAUCAACAGAAAACACUGGAAAAACUUUAUGCAGCUUAAACUAGCUGGACCUGCUAAUGUUCUGAGCGAACUCACCAAUCAUUUACUGUUUCGCCAAAACAUUUUAAAAAUCUACCGCUUAUUAAAACUGAGGAUUUAUUUUUGAGGUACAUAGUUAUUGAACACAUUAGAUCUCAAUGUGGAGAAUUUUCAGUUGUUGCCUCUUUAUAUGAAAGUUGCUAACGUAGUGAGUUAGCUUCUUAGUGGAUUCCACCAAACGUAGUUAAAUAGCUACGCAACUAAUUAACACAAUAAUACAUAAAAAGAACAAUUCAACUAAAAAAUAAAUAAAUGAAACCGAUAAAGAAAGACACAUCAAUCCUCCAACUUGGAGGAAAAGUCCAUAGAACGUAUAUAUUUUUUAAAAAAGGAUCCAAAAUGAAAUUAUUUCACCAUGUUUUUAGUGUUUCUCAAGCUUCAAAUUAUAAAACACCUCAGGAACCCGAUGAGAACGAGGAGUUUCCAGUUACAGAGAAUGAGCCUAAACACUGAAUUAUGUUUUAAACUAUUCUGCCUGAACAACACAAUUAACCAGCUACGCAAUUAACACUAAAUAUUAAAAACUCUUGUUAACUUGUUAGCUUUUUCCAGCUAAUUAAGCUAAUUAGUAUCAGGUGUUUUUUUUAUUAUUUUCUAUGUGGAUUAUUUGAAAAUACCAAGAAAUACUUAGAUAUCCACACUUUUACGUUAGCAUACGUUAGCAUACGUUAGCCGGGCGAUGGCAGUGAUCAAAGAGCUGAUCUGACCACAAACUUAACGAGACGGGUUUUCUCCUCGUGCCGUUCUGCUUCCCCAGGUGAGUUUAGCUGGACCUCUGCUAGCGAGCGACUGGGAUCUACUUUAACACCAGGAAACGUUUAUCUUACAACUUAGCCUCUUUCCUUUCUUUUAUUUUAUUUUGUUUUUCCAAAUAUCACUCACGAAGAAUUUGUGUUCAUUUUGAAUUCAUAUCUUGACGCAGAUCAUUUAGAAUUUAUGAAUAACAAGUAAUAAUAAUGUGGUGGUGGUGGUGAUGACGUAAGAGUUUAUAAUAGUCUGGAAAAUGAUUUUGAGUUCCUUAUGAUUUGACAAUGAAGUUGAAUUUCGAAGUCGCUCCGGCGACGUCUCGGUUUUCAUGAUGAUUUGUCAAUGAGUGACUUUGACUUUGUGCUGAUGUGCUGUGUGUUUCAGGGAGAGCUGCAGCAGAGCUCCAAGUGUAAACCUCUCUGGUUUCUAAACUGCUUAUCGAGGGCUUACUGUACAUGGUGCUAUCUGUUUAAAGCCAUCUGUACAGAAAUAUUCCUUCCUCCUUCCUCCCUCCUAUCGCUUCCUCACACCGACGCCUGACAUUCACAAAUUUAACCCCGAAACGUUCCUGGAUUUCCUCCCGUAAUCAGUGGAACGUGACAGGAACAGGCCAUACAUGGAGUUUCCUCGCUGCCAUAUUAGGGAUCUGCUCCCUGCCAUAUGUGGAGUUUCCUCCGAUUAGAAUCAAACGUGGGACUCACCUGUGUUUACUUUGGGCGAAAGUUGGAAACUGAAUUUGAAAUCUUUGACGUUGCAGCUCCACUUAAUUCACAAGCAGAAACAUCCAGAGACAGAUGGAGCGUAUUUACGGGACGGUCAUGACUAUUUUGUCUUUAACGUUAAAUAUAAAACACGUAAUAAAUGGUUUAUAAAUUAGGUGUUAAAUUGUUAUUCACUAUUUUGCCUAAAACUUUUCAAGACAAUUAACUGAGUAUUAUUUUCUGUAAUAUCUGAGCUACACUACGGAUUCAAUUUUAGGGCGCUAUAAGCCGCUAAUUAAAUGUUUAUAUACUGCUAAUAAACGCUAAAUACGAGGAAUUAAAGAACCUUUUUGUACAAAAACGUAAAUGAUAUUUUACAGUGUUCAUAUACUAAGAGAAUUAACCUAAUUAGUUUGAUGUGUCGCUGAACCCCGACAGGAAGUUGUGUAAUUUUCAGUUUGUGAAGCGCUACUGCUAGCUAACGCACUUUAAUGCUUGAAACUCCGCCCACUCUACCCCCAGCCCCCACCCACUUUUUUUUUUUUCUGGAGCUUUGUCCAGGAUGUGUUUAGCCUAGCCUAGCUUAGCUCAGCGGCUAAAAAUCGAAGGGGAACACAGAUCACGAAGCUAACCGCUGCUAAAUAAAACAAACACAUUUUUGUUUCUUUUAACAUUUGCGCAAUAAACUAAUAUGUAAACGCGACCUCUGGAAGUCGGCUAUAGAUUAUCUGAUGACCCCGUCCCCCCCCGUCCCGUCCCCGUCUCAUUUAUUUAAACAGAACCUGCCACAAUCUCUCCCCUGUAAAGCACAAUCAACGUUUCAGUGCCUGUUUCAACGACAACAACAGAUCGACUGAGUCUGUUUGGUUUUUAUCCGAAGCUGCAGUCAUUUCCAAAGUGUCGACGCUCUUUUCUAGGGAAAGUAACAGAGGUAUAAAGGUAGAGAAUGUAUAGUCUAUGUACAGCACAUUACAGUAGACUGCAUAGUCUAUAUAAUAUAUAUUAUAAUAGAAUGAUGUAGCUAUAGUGUAAGAUAUAAACUAAAGUAGAUAAUUAAGAUGUAACAUUUUGUCAGACUGUAGUUUAAGGUUUUCAAUCUAAACCCGAUGUUCAGACUUUGUAAACAGCUACACUUAAAAAAAAACUGUUCAAACACUUUAUCAAGAAAAUCAUCUCAACUCUGAAUCCUUUACAACUUGAGUUAUAGACAGAAUUUAUUGGGACUGCGAGAAGAUAUUUUGUUAGUUUGGUUUUGUGAAAUAAUGAACGUGUUAUAAACUGCCCUGAAGUUACUGACUCAUUUUAACGCUUUUAAAAACUGCAGCGAGAUUCGACCGGUCGUACGUUUCUAUCUGUUGCAUAAAGUUUAUCGGUAGAAGCUGAGACUUCACAAAAGGUUUAAACUGUUUCCAUGAGUAAGUGAAAAGCGGUGCAGCUGUUUACACUGAGAGCAUCGCGCCACAUCCCCUGUAACUGUGUAGUAUAUAUUAUAUGGGACUAAAGUCUACUGUACAGAGUCACCAGAAUGAAAGUGAAAUCAGGUUGGAUGUGAAUCAGCAACGAACCUCGGACCUCGGGUCUUUAAUACGCCUGACACGAGGUCACUCACCUGCCCGAGGAGUUCUCAGCCAAUCAGAAGCCAGAGGCUUCAGUCGUGACGUGAGGUUGGUUUUUAUUUUGUCCUCUGCUUAGUGGCUGGUUUCUAGUUUAAGGUUUUAAUCUGGGCCUGAUUUAUUUAGAAAGAGUUCAGCCGCUUUGUCUCGUCAGUUUUUCUGUUCUGAUUUAGACCAAAUACGACUAAUAUCUGCAGAGAAGCGUCCACAUGAGUGGCGCCCUCUAGUGGUGCCCACGUCUUAAUUGUUUUCCUAUAUUAAGCAUUAAUCAUUAUUGUGCUAGCUACAACUCGGUCCAGCUUUGCCACCAUCAUGGGUUUGGAAAAAAAAAGGUUGACGCUAGCUUAGCUUUCAUAUAUAAGGCAUUAGCUUCUUGCUUCAUAUUGAAAGAUUCCACUGAAAAUGUGUUGUAGCUUGUUUAAUGACAUAUUAUAAGGAAGAGCCACAAUUAGCUGGGAGGCUAGGCAGAGCUACUGUUAGCCUGCAAGAUAGGAAGAGCUACUGUUAGCUGGGAGGCUAGGAAGAGCUACUGUUAGCCUGCAAGAUAUGAAGAGCUACUGUUAGCCUGCAAGAUAGGAAGAGCUACUAUUAGCUGGCAGGCUAGUAGUGGGUAGAAAGCUAGGAAGAGCUACCAUUAGCAUGGAAGCUAGGAAGGGCUACUUUUGCUGGCUUUCAUUGAAAAUGUGUUAUGACUUGUUGCACCACUAGCCUCAGUGUCUUAUAGAUGCUAAUCGUAUGUUAGCAGCGACAGUUGGUCAUUAGCAGACAUUUUGGGGCCUGGGGUUCAGAACAAAGACGUCACAAAGCUUCAGCCUUCGUUUCAUUUUUAGAAAACUUUAAAAAAAUAAGACGUGUCUCUGUGAAUUAAAUCACCGGCUGAUGAACGGAAACAAAAUGGCGGUUCAGUUUGAGACUUUUAGAACGAGAUAGGAAAACUGAGCCAAAAUGGCCGCCACCGGAGGGGGAAAUAAAGCGAUCCUCAUUUUCCUGACGACUGGCUGAGAAUCCCGGCUAACCUUUCUAACCCUGCGCGUGAAAACCCUGUUCCUCCUCAUAUUCUAUACUCCUCCCGAUAAGUUUAUGGUUUUAUGGUUCCCCUCCUCCUCCUCAUCUUCCGCCUCUCUAGCUUCCUCUUUUUACAGUAUGUUUGUAGUUUCUUCUGGAGUGAGUGGCGUUGUGUGUACUUGUAGUUUUUUCUUCCCUUUUCUAAAAAUCAAAGAGCACACGAUGACAACUGAUGAGCUCUGCAACGCAACAGAUUGUAACCUUUAUAAUAAACCGUCAUUUACUACAAAGUUGA